AUGGCUCUGCCGGUCAUCAGAGUCCUAAAGGACUGCUCGUCCUUGGAGCAAACCGUACUUCCGUACCUGCCUCAACUCUACGAUCUCCCCCAGCAAUUACUUCAGUCAUGGAACAACCCUACAGAGUUGCAGAACAUAUACGUUGCUACGAAUCCUCUGAUAUCUGCGUUGGCGUUCUCGCUGUUUCUGGCGCCCUUGUUUCUGGUCAUCUCUGAGAUCAACAAGAAUUAUUCGCAGGUAGACAGGAUGUGGAGCAUACUUCCCACUAUUUACAAUGCUCACUAUUGCAUACAUGCACAUUUGAAUGGUUUAGAGACUCAGAGAUUGGAUAAUCUAGUUGCAUUCAGUACUGUGUGGAGUUUGAGAUUGACAUUCAAUUACUGGCGCAAAGGAGGGUAUAGUAUUGGAUCGGAAGAUUAUCGUUGGGAGGUAUUGAAGCAAAAGAUCAACCCAACGCUUUUCUUCAUAUUCAAUGUUCUAUUCAUUUCGCUGGCACAGAGUCUGCUGCUCUUCCUCAUCACAACACCGAGUUAUGUCUUACUCUUGACUACACGAUUGGGAGAAAAGAUGUCUACGGCGGAUACUGUCUUUGCAAGGGUUCUAAUGGGUCUGGUCCUCGUGGAAUUCUUCGCCGAUCAACAGCAGUGGAGUAAGACACCCCGCACACUUGGUUACCAGGAAGCCAAGAAGCAAUACCUGAAGACCGCAAAGGUCCCGCAUAAGUUUGAUCAGGAGGAUCUUGAUCGCGGUUUCGUUGUUUCAGGCCUGUGGUCUUUCAGCAGACACCCCAACUUCGCGGCAGAACAAGCUAUUUGGGUUGUUCUAUACCAAUGGGGAUGCUGGGACUCUGAAGUAUUAUAUAAUUGGACGUUCCUAGGGGCGCUGGGCUAUCUCUUCCUAUUCCAAGCCUCGACAUGGUUCACGGAAUUGAUCACCAGUGGAAAAUAUCCAGAAUACGCAGAGUACCAGAAGAGAGUCGGCAAAUUCCUGCCUUAUCUUACUUCUAGCCUACCAGGAGAUUUCAGCGAUCAGAAAGCAAAGCCAAAGGUUGAGAAGCCGGAGAAGAAGAAUAACGGUGCUGUGAAGCGAUAA